GUAAAGUUUGCGGAUGUGUCUAGAGGGAAUUUUUUUAGCCCUUUGAACUUUGGGGAAGAACCGCGGAGGAAGGGUCAACCGUGCACACACCGCGAAGAGACAAAGCUUGCAGGUGAGACGCUGGACAGAGGGGCUCCUCCCAGCAGCAUGGCGGCCGCCAACCAGUCCUCCUGCCACCUUUUCUUCUUCCUCCUCCUCUCCUUCCUUGUUUCUCGACCUGCCCUCACCCAGGACCCGUCCGUCACGGCCGGGACGGUACCUCAAGGUGACCCGUUCAUUGUCCCCACCACCCUGGCCAACCAGACGACUCCCCCCUCCUUGGACACCACUCAGAACACUCCUCUGGAGACAGGGCUGUCCACUCCCACCAGCGGUGGGGACGCGGACGACGAGGACGUCCCUCCGGUCGGUGGGACACGUUGCAUGGGUUACUACGAUGUGAUGGGCCAAUGGGACCCGCCGUUCAACUGCAACGCCGGCGUCUUUCUGUACUGCUGCGGUACCUGCUUCUAUCGCUUCUGCUGCCAGUUCCGCCAGCAGCGGCUGGACCAGAGGAUCUGCUCCAACUACGACACUCCCAUAUGGGCCAACACCGGCAAGCCUGUGGCCGCCGUCACCGAGGGCCAGGAGGACCAGGACCGGGACCGCACGCACCUCAUCGUCUACAUCAUCUGCGGCGUGGUGGCCAUCAUGGUGCUGGUGGGCAUCUUCACCAAACUGGGCCUGGAGAAGAGCCGUGGAGGGAGCGGCGGAGGAGGAGCGGGGGCGGGACAUGCUGACCUCAACUCCAGGACACUGACGGACCUGCUGAAGCAGCAGGGAGGUGAGGUGAGCUCAGUGGAAAAUGCUACGGCCAGUUCGCCCAACGGAGGAAGAGCCAACGGCGUCUCAGCCAGGAUGCUGCGCAGCAGGAGUGAACAGUACCAUCUGAAUAACUCAGCUUACGGGCCGUUCGGACAAGGGCUGCCACACCCGCACAGCAACCACAGCACAGUGGGACUCAACAAGUAUACCUCCCUCAAAGCUGUAGCGCACAGUGCUUCUCGUAGCUACUACAAGAGCUUCCCACUCAUGGACUUCACCCAGUACCAACCUGUGGCGCCUCCUGCCUUCCAGCCUGUGGUGCCAUUACCGCCCAAAGAGAAGUCGUACAUCCACCACCACCAGCCCAUAUCAGCGCAUCACGACCUCCACGCCCCCCUCUCAAUCUCCAUCCCCUCCAGCCACCUGGAGCACUCGCGCAUUCCCAAGACCACCACGCACCCGCUGCUCACCAGCUCAGCCUUCAAAGCCUGGGAGCCGACUGGCCGCCACGUCCACAGGCAGGCCUCUGCCCCGGGGCAGACCUCCUCCUCCUCCUCCAUGCACAGCUCCACCCGGAGACAUGCCUACUCUACCCGCAGGCAGCAGAGCAUAGAAAACAUGCCUGAUCUCUUCAACCAUCCCUACGGGGGCAUGUAUGGAGGAGCUGGAGGGGGGGCAGGGCAAGGGCAGCAUCUACAGGGGCAACAUCCACAGGGUCAGCAUCCACAGGGGCAGCACCCUUCUCAACCCCCCUACUACCACCACACCAGACAGAAGAGUUACUCCACCCACAGUACGACUGAGGUGACCGUCUGAGCUCCGAGGCCUCAGAGGUGUUUUAGCAUACUUAAAGUCUUUGGUGUUAGCUAAAUGCCAGAGUUUGGGACUGUUGGCCCAACAAAUGAGGGAUAUUAAACGGAGAGAUACAUUCAGAUGCAAAGAGAAGUUUUGAUUGGUGGAAACAAUGAGGCCCAGGAGAAAAACAGCGUAGCAGAACAACCACUCUGACAGAUAAUGCUUGAAAAGAUUAUUAUUGGACUCUCAGGCUCGCACAGCUGUGACAGAUUCUCAGUAGUUUUGGGAGUACACUGUGGUUUGUUAGGAGUUUGCGGUUGUACAGGCUUUAGGUUGAUUUCGUCCGUGGAAAGGUUUUAUGUGUUGGUUUCCUGUCAGUGAAUUUGUGUUAGCCAAGUAAGUUUAGGUACAGUAGGUCAAGUAGGGCUGUUAAAACAUUCCACAAUGAGCCGGGAGCCGACCAAACUGGCAUCCAGAGCACAGACUUUAUGACAUGGUCAAUUGAAAGAGACAAUCAGUGCAAACAUGCAGCUAUUUUCAGUUGCUGCAUUUGAUGCAAACACGGUUUAUUACAACAUUUAAUUUCUGUGCGAAGAGUUAGACCUCAGGAACUAUUCACUUAGAUAAAGGUACACUGAAAAUCUUUUAUCCAUAUUGGCAACCAGUCGAAACCUCCCUCAAAACAUAUUCACUGCUCGAUUCAAAUUAAAGACUUAAAGAAUAAAAGUGGUAAAUACACCUAAAUACUUUCUUGCAAAGAAUUAGAUGAGAAGAUUGAUACCACUCAUAAUUGUAUGCUUAAUAAGUAACAAAACAAAUGUAACACAAUAAAAUAACUCCCUGGAGUCUUGUUGUGUCAAGAUAUAAAAGAUACAAGUUAAAUGUGUUGAUAAAUUAGAUUUUUAAUUGGUAGGCGAAUUUUGUUACCUUUGGAAAGAUCCAAGCUAGGUGUUUUUCCCUUGUUUGCAUUCUUUAUGCUAAGCUAAGCUAACUGACUACAUAUUUAACACACAGACAUGUGUGGUAUCAAUCCGCUCAUCUAAGUCCCAGCAAAAAGUGAAUAAGCAAAAUUUCCCAAAUGUCGAACUGUUCCUUUAAAUUACUUUUAUUAAGUCACUGCUGUAUUCAACAGGUACCUGGACAUCAGCAAAUGAAUUAGAAAACAAACAAAUAAAUAAAUAAAUAUAUAAAAUAAUAUGUAAAAGGUAAAUAUAUCUCAGUGAUAAA